CUCCAGUAAUUGGCUGGUUAGCGCACGCCCGCUGACGUAUAAAGGUUGUUUCAUAACCGAAACAUUAUGAACUGCUCAAUGAAAGAAAUAAACGUACAUGGGAAUGAAAGAUGGCUCUGACUUUGGAAGACCGGAUUCUCGGAGCAAUUAUUGGAGCGGCAGUUGCAGAUGCAGCAGCCCAACCCCUCCACUGGAUUUAUGACCUGAAAAUGCUUCAUACCAUCUUAUCAAAUGAACCUUGCCCAGAAUUCAGACCACAAUCGGCCAAUCCCUUUUAUAGAAGAGAAACUGGUCAGCAGAGUUGCUAUGGAGACCAAGCAUUUGUGUUGCUGGAGUCUUUAACAGAAUGUGGAGGGCUUAAUGUGGAUGACCUUAAACAACGCACAUACAAGUUCUUUGGACCAGGCUCAGAGUAUGAUACUCCUGUUAAUGAUCCUUACCGUCCCAAAGGAGGUCCUAGACCCCAGCUUCCUAUUGAAGGACCUUGGAGACAUGCUAGCCUCAAGAGUUUCUUAAAGAACUUUGAAGCAGGAAAAACAGAUACAGGUUGCGAAGUGGACAAUCAAAUAGAUGGGAUCGCUAAACUGGCCCCAAUUGUUGCUUUAUAUGCUGGAAAACCAGAGUUGCUGGAGAAGGUUAAGGUGGCAAUUUGUGUCACCCAGAACAGUGACACUUGUGUGGCAGUGACACUAGCAGCAGCCAGAUUCCUGGAGUAUUACAUCCUGCAUGGCCCAGAUCAGAGAGCCCUGGAUGUUGUACUGGACCAGCUAAAGAACCAGAACAGUAUGAACCCACAGAAUCUGGAUGGACCCGUGUAUGGGACCAUUCAGAAAGUAAAGGAGAACUUAUCUAAAACUCCGAAAGCAUUGAUGCCUGCAGUGUUCACAAACACAUGAGGAUUGCCUGGUGCAUUCCAAGCGGCUCUGCAUGGCGUCCUGACUGAAACAGUGUUUGAACAGGCUAUCCGUAACACCAUGAGCUGUGGGGGUUGCACCAGUAGCAGGAGCUCUUUUAUUGGGGCCUGCUUGGGAGCUCAGGUUGGGUUAUCUGGAAUUCCGGAUUCAUGGAAGAUCAGAACACUCAGAUACCCGAUCUUGCUUGAAUUGGCAAAGAAAGUCGCACAACUCCAUGAAGCUUAAUUUCCUUUUUUGUGCAUUCACCACUCAUUGGUGUUCCUUUUUAUGAAUGUUUAAUGCAACUUGCAGGCUUUGAGGGAACAGUUAAUGAAAGUUCCUACUGAAAGUAUAUCAGGUGGGAACUUGAUGCAUGUGUUCUGGUCCGGUAAAGUUGCACUGUGUUCCAAGUAUUCUGUUUUUUCCUACUUUUCACCUCUUUUUUUUUUCAUGCUAACGACGGUAUGGAAACAUUUUGUUCUACACCAACACAAAAGAGUCCCUAAGUGAAUAUUGCUGUUCUUGUGUUUUUAGUGCCAAAAGUGCUACUCAGUAAAAAAAAAUACCUGGAAAUUUGGAAGUUAAGCAUUUACCUCUGCAAAACUAUAAAUUUACUCUCAAAGCAGGAGCGAUGAAGAUGCUGUAUGAAUCCUAAAUAACUUCUGGCUAAGCAUAGGAAACUUUGACAUGCUUUAAAAUUGAUACGCGUUUAGUAUGUAAAGAAUAUAAUUAUAUAGAAAUGCUCUUAUUCUAUAUUUUAUUCUAUGCCCUACUGGGUUCAUAAUGAACAGUACAAUAUGCACUGUAAAUUAUGUAGCCACAGGCUCAAUUAAACACCAGUGCUUCCUAUUCUUUCUGAAUCACGAACAGGCAUAAAUUUAAUGAAUGGUAUUUUAAAACUGCUGCUGGAUGUAAACAAUAAUAAACUGAAAACUACAAAAAGAAGAAUAAAGCCAGAAAAACAAAUUCAGUGUGGAGCUUGGCUGAAUAAGAUGUUUUGCACCACAGGAGUAUACUUCUGGAACUGAGACAACUUGUGUAGGUACAGCAUUGCAGACCGUUUAAAACAGGAUGUCUGGGAUGAAACUCCUUUCAGGAUUGCAUUUCUCCAUUUACAAUGCUAAAAUGAAAUGUUCAUAUUGCUCAAACAUGGGGGAAAAAAGGCUUUAGAGUACACUAUUAAUUUUGAAAUAAAGUUUGCAUAACUUCCAUAGGAAUGAGCAGUAAUACUGAAAUGUAGAA